AGUCAGACGAUCAGGCAGAAAAUGAAACUGUCAAGUUUGCACUUCUGUGGAUUUCCGCCACCAGUUAUGGACCAGAUUCUUCCCCUGUGAAGCCCACACUUCCUGAAACAGCUGCUGCCGCUGAAGAAGCUCCUUGGAUCCACGGAAGGAAACUGUUUAAUGCUCAUCAGCGGGUCGUCCCUGGACCCUACCUGUUCAGAAACAGCCGUUAGCCAGGUAUGCUGAUAUCUCUGCGUCUCAUUACGGAAUAAGUUUAACAAGUAACUUAGGCGUCUUAUGUUGGCUGGAUUUACCGCACAGCCAGGGAACAGUGUGAGCUGUAACGGAGAAUGGUAAAGUUUAUUAGCACAUCAUAUUUCCCGGGAACAGUCGUGCUGCGAGGCUAAGAGGGACAUUCAUUCAGAUUAAAGCACGGCUAACAGCUGCAGUACGAGUCCAGCAUGACAGGAAUAACAGCCAGUACAACAAACUACCUGUGGUCUUUACAAGAUGUCCUUGGUCAAGGGGCUACAGCCAGUGUCUACAAGGCACGCAACAAGAGGUCGGGUGAGCUGGUAGCUGUCAAGGUGUUUAACAUGGUGAGCUACAACCGCCCCCACGAGGUCCAGAUGAGAGAAUUUGAGAUGCUGAGGAAGCUCAACCACAGCAAUAUUGUCAGGCUGUACACUGUGGAAGAGCUGCCCUCUAAACAGAAGGUGCUGGUGAUGGAGUAUUGUUCAGGAGGAAGUCUGCUCAGCCUGCUCGAGGAGCCAGAAAAUGCCUUUGGCCUGCCUGAAACGGAGUUCCUCACAGUUCUGCAAUGUGUAGUGCAGGGGAUGAACCACCUGCGAGAAAAUGGAGUGGUACACCGGGACAUUAAGCCAGGCAACAUCAUGCGGCAGGUCGGGGAUGAUGGCAAGUCUGUUUAUAAGCUGACUGACUUUGGAGCAGCAAGAGAGCUGGAAGAUGAUGAGAAGUUUAUGUCUAUCUACGGAACUGAAGAGUAUCUGCAUCCAGACAUGUACGAACGUGCCGUGCUGCGUAAGCCUCAUCAGAAGUCCUAUGGAGUGAGUGUAGACCUGUGGAGUAUUGGUGUGACUUUUUACCACGCUGCCACUGGGAGUCUUCCCUUUAUACCAUAUGGAGGACCCCGCAGGAACAAGCCCACCAUGUACAAAAUAACUACAGAGAAGCCUAUGGGGGCAAUAGCUGGAGUACAGCGGGAAGCGGACGGACGUAUAGAGUGGAGCUACCACCUACCUCACAGCUGCCAACUGUCACAGGGUCUGAUGGUGCAGCUGGUUCCAGUACUAGCAGGCAUACUGGAGGCUGACCAGGAGAGGUGUUGGGGUUUUGACCAGUUCUUCACAGCCACAACCGACAUACUGCAGAGGCAGCCAGUUCACCUCUUCUCUCUGCAACAGGCCAUGGCACAUUGCAUCUAUGUGCACCACCACAACACGGUGUCAGUAUUUUUUGAGGAGGUGGUGUCUCAGACUAAGAUAGGUGUACAGAUGCAACAUCUACUGUACCUGGGUCACAACGUCCACCUGGAGGGCAACAUGAAGGUGGUGAACCUCCCGCGUACUUCACCUGCCCAGCCCCUCAUUCUGCUCACCCACGGGCCUGAAGGAAAUACCACCCUGCCCUUCAGAGAACCAGAGACUCCAGUCAUCCCAUCCAGGUUUGACGUUAUGGCAGACUACAACUUCUCAAAGGUAAUAGUGGGAGUGGUCCACCAGUAUCUGAGGAUAGUACAAUUGCUGCACACACACAGAGAGCUGCUACUGCAGGGAUACUACAGCUACAUGAUGGGUUUGCGCCGGGAGUGUAGAGAAGCAAUGCACAGUAUUGCAAUGAUCACCAUUAGAUUGCAGGCUUGCCUCAGCGUAGAACACAGGAUUCACACACUAGGCCAAUAUUCUUCGGAAAACCAAGGUUCAGCUGAUAACGGCCAAAAGCUGCAGCUGGUCCAUGAGCACUUGCCUAUAUACACUGCCGGCAUCCAAGAGUUUCAGAACCGACUGGACCAUCUGCAGAUAGAACAGGCCAAGCUAGCAGAGACGCUGGCCAAUGACAAGAGCUGUCAGAAAAUGGAGAUGCUGCUACAGAAGAUAACAACAAUCCAUCAGCAUUAUCGUAAAGACAGAUUUACUGGCAAGUUGGCAUAUAAUGAUGAGCAAAUCCACAAGUUUGAGAAAAUCCACCUGUCGUCCCACAUUAAGCGAGUGAAAUCUCUUUUUAGAGAGGACUGCGUGCAGAGAUACAAAGAGCUUUUGGCCACAACAAGGACGUGGAGCAGUGUUUUACUGGAGAUGCAGACCCGACUGCAGGACUUCAGCUCUUUCUCCACAGGCUUGUUGGCAGACCUGGAGAUGAGUGAGCAGCACCAAAAUAAGGCUCUGGACAAAAUCCUUUACAGUCUGCAAUCCAAGAGAGCAGGACAACAGCCUGGAAACCCGACAAGGGACAAGGACCAGAUGGUCUCCAGGAUGCACCAUCUGAAGGAGGAAAUGGAGAUAUUGGUGAGGGAACUACAGAGUAACAACAAUAUUAUUGAGAGUCUGGGAGCAGUGAACUCCGCAGCAGCUCUGGGGCCGAGCUUGGCCAGACCUUCUACACUGUGACAAAAGUGCAGCAUCUUUGCAUCUUAGCUCACAAAUUCAUAUACACACUCCCUCAGACAAACACCUUACUUAAACUGCCAUCCAUGAAAAGUUAUGGAUAUUCUCUCAAGGACCGGCUGCACCCAGUGCUGUAUGAAGAGGAAGCAGCAGAAGACAAUCAAUAAUAUGUGAAGCUCAAUUUAGAGAUAAGAUGCAAAGAACAGAGAAGGAGGAAACACCACUGAUGGAGUUUGGCCUGAGUGCAGCAGUUCAAUACAAACCUCAUUAAUGCCUUGUAUUUCUAAUAGGCUGCAACAGUGAUGGACCGUCAGGAUAAAGCUAAAUGAAUGCAAAUGAAGCUGCUAGUGUUUUUCUAAGGCCGUGUUUCUUUUUGGUCUCACUGUGGAUUCAGCAGGAACUUAAGUGAUUAAUUUAUACUGACUGUCUCUCUCUCUCUCUGUAUGUCUCUUAUGUUUGUGUUUAUUGAAAGAAGCGCUUGAGUCAUUUCACUAUAAAAGAGAAGGACCUGAAUCAGGGAAACUCAGCACUCACCACAGGGUCUCCUUUUUAACAGAACUGCACAGUCCAGUGAUAUUACAGCCAGUUAACAGUAAGGAAAUGACAUUAACCAGCAUGGUUCACAGGGGUGGGGAAAUCCCAGGGUGUAUUUGUUUUUAAAGGGACCACAUGUGAUGCUUAACAUAUACUUUUACUGUACUUAUAAACUGUUCUGCCAUAUUUUUAA